AUCCCCGAGAUCCUCGAAAAGAUCCUGCUGGGCCUGGACAUGAAGACCCUGCUCCUUUCGACGCGAGUCUGUCGCGCGUGGAACGCCCUCAUCCGAUCCUCCCCCAGCAUCCAGAAGGCACUAUUCUUCCGUGCAGCCGAUCCUGUCCCCGGCCAGGCCAAAGCCAAGAACCCCCUCGUGGAGGAAAAGGUCUGGCACGACUUUCUGCACCCGCGCCUCUUCUCGCGUCUCGUAGGUGCCGCCUACUUCUCCGCCUAUCCGCUGAUCGAAUCGGAAGAGAUCGACAAGGCCUAUCUCCGCCCCGAGGCAAGCUGGCGCCGGAUGCUGCUCCAGCAGCCC